UCGACGAAGGUGGGGAAGAACAAAAUCCGUUAUCAGUCAUACUUUUUGCUGCUGUGGUGUUUGUUGUGUGCUUUAGCGAAUAUUUUUGUGAGUGAAUUAUUCUUAUUCGAUUUAAUAUUUAACAAUACAGUGAUUUUUUUGUGAUAUUGUUUUACUGCGAUGGUGUAAUUUAGGCGUCCUGUGUUCAUUUUCUGGUCAUCAAUUAAUUUUUUGAGAUAGCUGUAACUGUUCCUGUUGUGAAGAAUCGAAUUUGUACAAGAAAUGGGCAAUCCGACGGAAUUACGUUCACUGGCCGCGAAAUCUUCAUGUAUACAAUUGGUGUACGAAUGGGCCAGCCGUGAAAUGUUUGCAAUCAAUAUUUGGAAAAAGGAAAAAGACUACGGUACAUGCCCGGAUCACGAACGGUUCGUUUGGCAACUGAACGAAAUGCAACUGCCUGAAAGCUCAGUGAUCCCGAAUUUGGUUCUCGACCAAAUCGAAUACCAUAUGACGUCGAUUUUGAACCAAGUUACCGAAUGGAUCUGCUACCAUCAUCGUAAAAAUUUCUUCCACGAUGAACCGGCAUCUCUGUUGAAAGAAUACCUGCUGAAAUUGAUUUGGAAACCGGAUCGAUCGAUCGACUACGCAGCUACCGCGAAAAACGUGUUGGCUGGCUCGAAUUUUAACGCCAUGGAGAAGUACAGAUUCGCUUGCACGUAUUGUUUUUCGGAGGAAGUAUGCAAUUUGAGAGAUAUGGCUGAGGUAACGAUAGAUUGGUGUUUCGAAACAGAGCCUUUGCUGGUUUAUUGGAGCAAAUGCUUGGCCAAUCAGUUGCAUACGAUAACUUUACCGGCGAACGAUUCAAUCGAGGAGAUCGUGUUUGCUAAAGCUCUGAAUGAAUACGAUCUUUGGCAGCCCAUAAAGUACUUUUUUGAAAAAUCGAACUCCGGCGCUAGAUUAUCGCAGUGUAACGACGUUUUCUCGCACAAAGAUGGAAAAUAUCAACAAGAACUACUGGCUGUACUGAACGAAUGCGAAAAAUGUUCGGUGUACCAGGCUAAUCUGGCAAAAAUCCUCGAAAAUUACAGAAAGAUGAAAAAUUUCGAAGGUAUUCGACAGAUAUACUUCGAAUUGAAAGGCAUGUUGAGUUUCAAGCAGUUCGCUCUAAUUAUCGAAGACUUGGUCCGCUUGUCGACGGAUACCGGUCACCGUAUCAACGAUACACAAUUACUAAUGGAAAUUUGGAACGAUGCCAGCGACGAAUAUAAACACCGGGUAGUAUCAACUGGCUUGCGAACCAUUCUCGGCAACAUGUGGGGCUGGGGCUGGGUAUAUGCGGCCGCAGCAGACGACGUUGACGAUUUGGACAAUCCUUUGGUGUUUAUUCGGGCCUUGGCUGACGUGUACGAACCGCGAAAUUUCCUCAAGGCGCAUUUUUAUUGGCUGGUACUCUGGCAAUCGUUAACUUUUAUGCUCAAACUAGUCGACGUGUAUCAAUUUAGCGCCGAAGAUGUUGCGGAUGAAUUAAAGUGGGAUACUCGACAAAUGGAUUACGUGUUUUUGGAAUAUUUGAGGGGUGGCGAUUUUGACGAAAUUAGCCGUUUUUUUUCGUUUUGUUAUUCCGAUGAUAACGCGAGCAAAAUCGCGUAUCAGAAAAGAUUUUUAAUAGAUUAUUCGGGCUCAUUUGAUUCCGUGUUGUGGCACGUCGAUUGGAGAAUAUUUCACGAAUUCGUCAAGAACGUGUUUCGCAACACCGAAGACGGAUUCGUGUCUUCCUACACUACCAAAAUGAUGCAACACGUUUUAGAGGAAAAUAUAGCAUAUCUGAUGGAAACGAUGUAUAGAGAAGAAGCAAACGUCGUCGACUUCUUGAAAUGUAUCGAAGCUUUUGUACCACACCACGAGAAUUUAUCUCGAGCAAAGACGACUUGCAUUGACGAAAUUUCCUGGUAUCUUCAUAAUGAUUGUCAUCCCAUUUUUAAGGAGACACAGAUCGAAGAAAUGCUGAUUUGGUGCUACGGAAGUGAGACAGGUGUUGCCCAAUUCAAAGAGAAAAUCAGCGUUUCUAAAUGUUUCAUUAAUCAGUUGGAUAGCUGCGCCGAAGGAAACACUUUCAAAGCGACUGAUUCUAUGGAGGAAUUUUUGCGCUGGUAUUACCCCCUCGAUAAUGAAAGGAAAGCUUUUAAAUUGAAAAUGAUUCACUCGUACGGUAAAUUUGAAGCGAUCGGGGGAUUGCUAAAACAGAGAAUGUAUCGUCGACGUAUGUUGAAUUGGUUUUUUGAAAACGACGCCUGUAAAAUAAAGGAAUUUAUCACUAAAAUAUACGUGUAGGUUUGUCAAAACUGUAGUCGAUGGUUGGUUGAAUUUUUGAAUUUUUUUCUAAUAUUGUAACGUGUAGUUUAUUUUUUUUCUGUAAUUGUAAAAUAUUUUUUUCAAUUCUAAUUGUAACCAAUCGUAAUAAAUGGCGAUGUGUUUGCUAGAA